AUGGCGCAAUACUGUUUGCUUUACAGAAGAUGUCAUUUGCUCGAAGGCUACUUGCAAGCGUCCCUAAAAGUGCAUCAUUUUACCUUCUCAAUGUGACUUCAUCCAGAGGUCAUGCGGUGAGAAGAUGGCCAUCUCUCAUCUCCCCUCUCACAUCCACUGUGCACUACAGCAGCGUCUCUCUAAACGCUUCCAGCACAGCUGGUGACAGCAUUAAUCUCAGUGAAUCCUGUGUCAAGAGGCUUACAGAGAUUAUAAAUAAGGGAGAGUAUCUGAGGAUAACGGUGGAGGGAGGCGGAUGUUCAGGUUUCCAGUAUAAAUUCUCAAUGGACAUAGUCAAAAAUGAAGACGACAGAGUGUUUGAAAAAAAUGGUGUUGGAGUAAUAGUUGACCAGGACAGUCUGGAGUUCAUGAAAGGAUCCACAGUAGACUUCAAUGAAGAGCUCAUUCGCUCUUCUUUUCAGGUGUUGAAGAACCCUAAGGCUGAACACGGCUGCUCAUGCGGUUCGUCCUUCUCUGUUAAGGUCUGAAGCGCUGUAGGCCUCUCCAUCAAUUAGAAAUGAUUCAACUUAUCCAAAGUGUCAAUGCAUGUGUACAGAAUCAGUCAGACGCAUCAUUCACAUAAAACUAUGAUGAAGUUAAGAGCCCAAAGCUGUUUGGUUGGUGUGUUGUAUAUAAAGAUGAAUGUAAAUAGAUUUCUAAUAAAGUUAUAAGAUUAUAUGGAUUUGCGUUGUGUAGAGUGUUGUUAUCCGUUUAUUCCUAAAAUAUUGCUAUCACUGUCUAAGCUGUAAUAAACAAAAUCAGUGUUCAAAACUGUAUCUCCCUUUCCCUGAUUCACAAUGGUAAGCUGAUAGUAAUGACUCAGAAGUUGAUUUGUCAAAUCCGUUUUUAAGAAAAAUGUCAGUUUGACAUCACUGAACCUCAAAUAGCAUAAAUAGUACAUAAAGUAAUCUGGAACUUUAGGCAAUACAGGGCAAAGUUACAUCGUCUUUCUAACAUUUGCUGAUUCA